UUCCAGUCCAGAAAGUGAACAACAUGCUUACAUCAUGCUUUUCUUUUCUCAUCCUCACAAAAGGUAUCACCUCAAUGAUAGUAUUAACACAACCAGAAAUAAAUGCUUCACUUGGUAAAGACAGAUCCAUUGUACUAAACUGUACAUUCUCAGAAGGAACAUUAAGGUCACUCCUAUCUAUGAUUUGGAUAAAGAAAAUUGGAAAUGCAUAUAUUGAUAUAGCACAAUUCAAAACCAUUCCUAACCAUGAAGCACGUUUGACCGAAAAUGGGAAUUACCUGAUUAACAGAUCUCAACUUAUCAGUCCAGGAAAUGGUUCAACCAAUAGCUUUAUUUUGACAAUCAGUGACAUUGAGUGUCGAGAUGACGGGGAGUACCGAUGUGUGUUAAAUUACAUUGAAAAUGAUGGUCGAACAACAAAAAUAACGGGAGGCACAACUGUGUUUUUACAAGUGGAUGCAGAAAAACCAUCCAAUUUUACCCUGUACCCUAAUGACACUCUCAGAGAGAACGACGAGCUAAAAUUGUCUUGCUCUGCAAAUGUUGGAAAUCCAGAGGGAUAUAUUGCUAUAUGGAAAAGAGAUGUGCUAGAAAAUAUCAAAGUAUUACUGAAUAAAUCAAACCCGGUUGAGGAAAAGAACGAGAACUGCUCUACAUUCAGUCACCUGACCGUAAAUUAUACCGUAUCCAAAAAAGAUAAUGGUGGAAAAUUUAGUUGUUCUUCACAAAAUAGACAAAGUCAAGUUCAAGGACCAAGCAGAGUCGUGAAUAUUCUCUAUGGCCCUUCCGAUGUCAUCAUUGAUAUGUGGCCUACAAGUCAGACCGUGUUUGUCGGGUCAAAAGUAACUUUUACGUGCAAUUCUGACGGGAAUCCGAUUCCAACUUUAAAAUGGAUGUUUAAUUCAACAUACGAUCGUUCUGAAAAGAUACGACCACUCACAUGGAAAGAAAGAAUUUUGGUUUUAAAUAGUGCCAACCUCAACGACAGUGGUGUUUAUUUGUGCGUAGCCUCAAAUUCAAUCUUUGGAGAAAUAUUGCACAAGUCUUCAAGCAUAGCACUGAAAGUCCAAGAACGAGAGCAUGGAAAGGUAAAUCAGCAAACUUGUCGAGAAAAUCAGUGUGCAUUCUCUGAAAGUUGUGUAGUUCUAGAUCACAAAGUUUUAUGUACGACAAAUAUUUGGAGUUAUAUUGCUCUGCCAUUCAUUUUCUUUACUCUGCUAUUUGUGGUGACAUCUGCAGUCUUAUGCAUGAGAAGUAUUAAAGACUCAUCAUUCAUAAAAGUUAAUAGAGAUAUGAUGUUAGGAUAUCUUCGUUCACUGAAAAGAAAGCAAACCCCAAGAGGAAGAGCCGCUUUGAAUAGCACAGAACAGUCCAGUACAGUAGAGAGAAGUGACACUACCACCUAUGAGCUUUUGAACAAUAAAGAACAAAGAGAUGCAUCUAGCAACGAGAAAACAAGAUAUGAAACUUUAAAUAUCGCGAUGGAAACAAAUACAAGAUACGAAGCUUUAAUCAAUUCUGAACGAGCAAGCGCAAGAUACGAAGUCCUCGAUAUGGCAUCACAAACAAGUGCAAAAUACGAGGUUUUGAAAGCAUGUAUGAGAGAAGAAAAAUAUGCAAAAUACGAGGAAUUAAACAUUUCAGAGCAAGAAAAAACAAGAUACGAAUUUUUGAAAGUCAAAGAAUCUACAAAUCAAUAAGGGCGAUUUCAUAAUGAUUUAAACUGAAAUGCAAUACGAAAAUUAGAAAUCAGAAAGAUCUUAAGAACCAAAUGAGAAUGCAACAAUUCAGAUAAAUAAUUUCAAUUUUUAAAAGUUAUUGGGGAUGCUAUAUAUCUUUUUGAACUCGCGGGCUUUACAUAUGGAUAUAAAGGCCUAUUGAAUUGUUGAAGAACGUCAUUAUCUUCACUGUCGGUGCUAUGUGAGUUGUUAUAUUCUCUGUUGUGUUUAAACAAAUAAACAAAUUAGUAAAAUUAAUUGGAUAUUUAAGUAUUAAUAAACGGUAUAUAUGAAGUUGUCUGACAAUGUAUA